GAUAACAAUCCAGCUGUUGCCUUGCACACGUGCGCUGUGAAUUCACUCGUUUAUUAUUGUUGAAUUUAGCCAAUAAUUUAACCUAAUCAUGAGUGACGAUGAGGAGCAAUACGAUCCAAAGGCACACAAAAAGCUGCUGCAGGCCAUCGGCAGUCUGGGCAACGUGCAGCACAUCCAGAAGUCAACGCGCGACGAGCGUCAGACCCGCCAAGAUGAGUUCCAGCUGGUGAAGAGCGUGUCGUCGUCCGCAACUGAUCGGGCUCCCAGGGCGGUGGGUCUCAACGACUUGGUGCAGAUCCUUCGCACCUCUACCAAGCACAGCCAGACAGGCAAGAAGCUUAAGAAUGUUCAGAGCACCAAAAAGGUGCUGGAGAAGCCACUAGAGAAGCCAGCAGCGGAUCGCAUUAAGCGAACCAUUGGCUACGAGGGAGUGACCAAGAAGCUGGGCCGCUGGGACGCUGUGGUGGCCCAACAGCGAUCGGCAGAGACGCAGGUCUUUCCCAUGAAAACUGAUACGAUUUACGUAAACACUGCGGCAAAUGCGCGUCCGCUGAAAACAAGCCUUAAAUCAGAACUUGCCAAGGAGCUCGAGGACAGCAACCUCAAGCUGCGUGAGCUACGCAAAGCGCAAAUUGGUGACACCACGGAUGAGAAGGCACUGGCCAAAAAGGAGAGCCAGCUACUGCAAAAGAAACUCACUAGGGAUGAGCUCUUCGCCCGCCGCAAGGAGUUGGCCUACCUGAAAAUGCGCGAGUCCCAGAAGUCAGCCAAGGAGCGCAUGCAAAACAAAAUUAAGUCCAAGAAGUAUCACAAACUGCAGAAGCGCCAAAAGAUGCUGGAGCAGAUGAAGGAGUUCGAGCUUUUGCAGAAAACAAACCCAGAAGCGGCUCUCGAAAAGCUGAAUGCCCUGGAGAAGAGUCGUGUGCAGGAACGAGCCAGCCUGCGACAUAAGAACACCGGUACCUGGGCCAAGAAUCUUCAGGUCCGAGCCAAAUACGACAAGGAUGUGCGUAAGGAUCUGGCUGAGCAAUUGGCUGUUAGCAGGGAGUUAACACAGAAGAAGCAGGAGUCUGACAGCGAGGACGAGUCGAGUAGGAAGCGAGUGGCUUUGGAAGAGGAAAACCAGGAAGACUACGACCCCUUUAAUCCCUGGACAAAGCGAAAGGCUGCGGAUAACACGGAAAGCAAUGGCAACGGUGAUGAUGAAGGUGGCAAUUGGCGACAAUAUUGGACGAACCGAAAUCACAAUGAGAAGUUAUUAGAAGAACAUCGUAGAGACAUGGAAGAAGAGGAGGAAAGUCAGGAAGAUGAAAAUCAGGACUUACCUAAAGAGGAUGAAAAGCCAAAAGCAAAGCCUGCUAAGAAAAUAGUUAAAAAAUCAAAGGUUAAAAUAGAAAAUGGCUGGACAGUGGAAGAAGUUGAACCCAGUGUCGCCUCCGAAAGUCAAUCAAAGGAGCAAACCCGAAGCAUUGAUGACAUCUUCGAGAAACACGACGACCAGAUGAGAGCCAAGCUAACCAAGAAGCUGGAGAAGCUGAAGCAACGUGUAGAUAAGCUCAAGGCAGCUCCUGCCAAAGGCAAAAAGGCGAAAAAGAAAAAGGAUGCACUGAAGAAUCUGAAAGAUCUGGAACUAAAAAAGACCAAUCAGCGGGUGGAAAUUGAUGAGCCUUUGAAUUAUGGAGACGAAACGGAAGAGCAGUCCCAGAAAAUAACUCCCCCCGUUGAGGAGAGUAAGGAAACCCCACCGGCAAUAGUGGACACUGUAGAUCCCAAUAAGGUGACCACUCUGGUGUUCACCCAAAAGAAGACCAGUCGUUCAGCCGGUGGCAUCGGUGAUGCUCUGAUGGAUGAUGAUGAGGCGGACUAUGAUGAUGAAGACGAUGCGGCGGCAGCCGAACAUCAGCUAACUGUUAGUCAGGCCUUCGAGGACGAUGACAUUGUGGCCGACUUUAAUCGAGACAAAACCAAGGACUCGGAACUAAAGAACACAGAGCUGCAGCUGUUCAUGCCGGGCUGGGGUUCCUGGGCUGGUGCUGGCAUUUCCAAGGAGGUGGUCGAACGGCGCAACAAGCGACUUCUCCUGAAGCUAGCUGCGCCGGAGAAGCGUCGCGAUGACAACAAGGACAACCUCUAUGUGAACGAGAAGAGCUGCAAGAAGGCACGCGAGCACAAGGUCUCCAGUCUACCAUUUCCCUUCCGAUCCGUGGCCGACUACGAAGCCAGUAUCCGGGCACCCAUUGGCCGCAACUUUGUGCCGGAAACGGCCUUCCGGAUGCUAACCCGACCCUCGGUCAUCACACUCAAGGGCCAGGUCAUCGAGCCGAUGAACGAGAGCGAGCUGGUCAAGCCGGAUAGACGUUUGCGCCACAUUGUAGACAAGAGGAUACAGCGCAUACCGAAAGUGCCGCCCAAGCAGUCGAAAGCUAAGAACUAGAAUGUAAAUACGGGAAUAAAUUUCUUUAAAACUUUAA